AAAUAGAUUGAAAAAAAUUUUAUCGAAAAAUUAUUGUUCCAAAAGUUUUAAUAUUUUUAUUUAAAAGUUCAGAAAUAGCAAAAAUUAAAAAUUAAUAUUGUAAAAUAUAAUCCAGAUCUUUGGAAUUUGAAUAAAAAAAAAAAAAAAUUUGACCUUUUUUUUUGUCAUUGUUCUUGGUUUUAAAGUUACUGGGGCUUCGUUGUUGCACCCUACAAAAUUUUUAAUAUUUCGCAAAUUAAGCCAAAUAUAAUAUCCCAAAUAUUGUUUUUAUUUAAAAAGUUAUUUAAUAGCCGCAAAUAUGAGUGAAUAUUUAGAUUAUCUUGAACAUUUAUAGCUUAAUUUAAAAAAGGUAUAUAAAUCCUAGCACAUAUAUACAUACAUAUAAAUAUAAACAUAUAUAUAUAUAGGAAUAUAUAUAUAUAAAAACUAGAAAAGUGUUGUGUGUUGGUGUUCAGUAGAAAACACAGUCAUAAGAAUAUAUAAAAACUUGUUACUUAAAUGUAAAAAAGUGUUUACAAACAUUUAAUUUUUUUAUUUUCAAAAGCAAAAAAAAAAGAAACUUGUUUUAAUUAAAAUAUUAUAGCAAACAAAGAAAACAAUUGAAAAGAAAAGAAAAGCAAAAGAGAGAAGCAACAGUUUAAAACCUAGUAUUUUCAUGAAAAGUGUAAUGUGCUCAAUUGUUCCAAAAAUAAAUAAAAAUCAAGUUAUUCGAGCCGCUGUUAAAAAGAGAAUUGCGAUACAUCCCUCUACAAUGUUUAGAUCAGUUUCAACGAUAAAAUUAGCCAAUAUUGGAAGACAUCACCUACAAUUGAUAAAUCAGACCUGCUGCAGAAAUUGCUUGUGCAUAAGCAAUUAAAUUGUUUUUUGUGGAAUAUUUAUAUUCUUCUAUAUACAUUUGGAGCAAAGUAUAUUAUCUCAGAUAUUUAUAUCACAAUAAAAUUAUAAAAAAUCAAAGCUAUUUUAAAAAAAUUAACUACGAGUCAUUCCAAAUUAUAUAAAGAAUUAAAUAAUAAGCAAAAAACAUUUCAAUUAGGUGAAAUUUUAAUAAAACAUAAGAAGCAUCGUUCAACAAAAGUUUGAUGAUAUAUAUAUGCUGUUCGAAGGAAAAUUUCUAAAUAUUAAAGCACCAGUAAAUAUACAAUAUAAAUAUUUAAAUAAAGAGUUUAUGAAUAUUAAAUUAUAUUGACAAAAAUCAAAGUAUCCAUUUGAUAUAUUUCACUUGUAUUUUAAAAAUCAAUUUUACUAAGAAUAUAAUAAAAUAAUUUUUCAUUAAAAUAUAAGUAAAUAUACAUAAAAUAGAAUAUAUUUGAUCACUUGAAUUUAAAAUUCAAAUUUAGGAUUCACCUAUAGUUAACAUUUAUCAAAAAUAAGAAUUCUUACACACAUACAUAUUUUCUUCCUGAGAUUUACAUAUAUAAAUCCCUUAUAAAAUUUCGUAUUAUUUCUAAUAAAAACAAGAAAGAUUCAAGAGUACCAAUAUGAAAUUGUUAGAAAGCUCUCGUUUUGAAGCAAUAAAUAACGCUCUCUCAAUUAAAACUGGCGAUUCGACUAUUUUAGGGCGCAUUGAAAGUUAUUCAUGUAAGAUGGUUGCAGCCGAUAAAGCAUUAUAUAAGCGUUUUACUUCAGAAACUCACGGCUAUGGUCCUCAUGACUUACAAGCCUUAUCUCCACCACAAACUGUAAUGGAUUUGUCACCAUCAUUUGGCAGUAACCGAGGCAGUCAAUCUGAUGAAGGCGUCAUUUUGUGCGACACCAUAUCGCGUAAAACAUUAUUUUACUUAAUCGCUACACUGAAUGCAGCUUUUGAACCAGAUUAUGAUUUUUCUGAUGCAAAGUCGCAUGAAUUUAGCAAGGAGCCUUCUCUAACAUGGGUUAUGAAUAACGUUCACUCAAAUUUAUCGGCCCUAGCUGGUGAACAAUAUCAGGGUCUGAGACAAGCCUUGUGGUCAGCUGUGGAUGAUGAGAUAAAUUUAAAUGAAUGUGACAUUUAUAGUUACAAUGCUGAUCUAAGCUCUGAUCCAUAUGGUGAACCAGGAUGCUUAUGGUCAUUCAAUUAUUUCUUUUAUAAUAAAAAAUUGAAGAGAAUCGUAUUCUUCACAUGUCGUGCAAUUAAUGCACUAUACGAUUCGAACAUCUCGUCAGAUUUCUCAAAGGAAGAAGAUUCGUACUAAUCAAAGGAAAAAACAUUGAGGAAACGAAAAAAAAUCGUUCAUAUCUCUUGUUCUUCUAAUUUUUUAUUUUUCACUUAAUAUAAUUAAUUUAAUGCAAAUUUAAUAAACGUACUCAAUUGGGUAUUGUUAAAACGUGUUUUUGGGUGAAUCAGAAAAUAAUUACACAUUUAAAAUUUAAAAAAUAAUUACUCAAAACAUAAAAGUAUCAAAUAAUUUUUACAAAAAAAAUAAAUUCUAUAUAAUAUUAUUACAUAAAUUCGAACAUAUAUAUGUGAGAUACACUUUUGGAGUACAUUUUCAGGUGUAAAGGCAGGUGAGAGCUGCGAUGUGAGAAUUUGCACCUUAAAAUAUACGCGAUGCUGGUGAAAUUCUGUUGCAUUUUUAGUUUUAUAUAAAUUAUUUUCGUUAUUUAAGGUAUUAAUUAAUAUAAAUUUAUUUAAUUAUUAGGUUUCAAAUCGAAGAAUAUCAUUGAUAACUUUAAAUUUCUUUUUUAGUUUAAGAGUAAUUCAUAUGUACAUUUCAAAACAAUAUUAAAUGACAUAAAAAUGUAACACAAAUAUGUUUAUUUUUAAGAAUUAAUUACACGUUAUUGUCUUCUAGGAGUCUUUUGUUCCAUAAUAUGCAAAAGCUUUUAUAAUUUUAAUAUUUCAAUGCUAUUUAUGAAAAUCGAUUUUGUAAAUGGCAUUAAAAAAAUUUUCCAAUGAUAUUCGGAAAGAAUUGUAGUUAAAAAUAAUGUUUUUUUUUAAUAUCAAUAGAAAUUGUGCAACAGAAAAUUAGCCCUUGUUGGUGUUUGCAAAUACCAUACGGUUUGUCUUAAAAUUAUUCCUUUCAUGUAAUGUAAAUAAAAUAAUUUUUAAUAACAUUUGAAAUUUCUUGUAGAAAGUCAAUUACAUUAUUUGUAAUUUUUAAUGCCUUAAUUUAU